CGGCUGACCGCGCCAAACAGGCAAUACCAGGGCAGCUUUUGCGGUGACGUUUUGGGGGCCUUUCAAUAACACAACAAACAUGGCGGCUCCCGUGAACAGGUGGCUGGGCUGCGUAGCUGGAAGAUUUUAUCGACAACUGCAGAGAACAGAGCUUUAUUCGACCAGAGCACAUUAUCCGUUUGUUGUGAAGAAAUCACAGCUGCUGCCUAAUUUAUUUAUUAAUCCAGUGAGAUGCAUGUUCAUCCAAACACAGGACACCCCAAAUCCCAACAGCAUCAAAUUUAUCCCUGGGAGAGCGGUCCUGGAUGCAAGAACCAUGGACUUCCCAAGCCCUGCUGCAGCAUACUGCUCACCUUUGGCCAGACAUCUGUUCCGAGUGGAGGGAGUGAAAAGCGUCUUCUUAGGUCCUGAUUUCAUCACGAUCACCAAGGAUAGUGAAGGGUUUGACUGGAACUUGAUAAAACCCGACAUAUAUGCGACCAUCAUGGACUUCUUCUCCUCUGGCCUUCCCGUGGUAUCUGAGGAUGCUCCCCGUCCUGACUCUGGUGUUUCAGAAGAUGAUGAUGAGGUAGUGGCUAUGAUUAAAGAACUUCUGGAUACUCGAAUCAGGCCCACAGUCCAAGAAGAUGGCGGUGAUGUUCUCUACAAAGGCUUUCAGGACGGCAUUGUACAGCUGAAGCUGCAAGGUUCCUGCACGAGUUGUCCCAGUUCUAUUAUAACACUGAAGAGCGGCAUACAAAACAUGCUUCAGUUCUACGUCCCAGAGGUAGAAGGUGUCGAGCAGGUAACUGAUGACGAUGAAGAAGAACCUGGGAAGGAGCUCAAUUCUCCCUAAUACAAUUCAUCUUAUAUCCAGCGAGUAACUUGCAAUAUUGUUUUAGCAGUACACCCGAUGCAAGAUUGUCACCAAUGCUCACCUAAGAGUUUCUUUAUCCUAGAAAAAAGAUCUGUGGUUUUAUGUUUGUCUUUCACAGUUGAGCAGCAAUCCUUAUUUAUCUGCUUAUAAUAAAAACAAUAAAUUAAGUAA